GGGCAUUGGGAAGGCACUGGAGGACUGAGGCAGCCGUUCCGGGAGCCGGCCGGAGGAGGUAGGGGCGGGCGAGCCAAGUCCUCAGGCUGUUACUCGGUGGACCGCGCCCGCCUGUUUUCCGCCGGAGCCCGCUCCCCUCCGUAUCCUGCUCCUCCCAUCGGCGCCCAGAUUUCCCCACAUCUUCCAGGCCCCACCCCGCUCUCUCCUCAGCCCCUGACCUCGGUCCCCUACCCGCGCCCCAACUUUUGAGAUCAGCCUCCACCCACCGCUCCUUCUGUGCUUCAUUUCCUCAUUUCUUUUCCGCACCUUGCACCCCGAUGCUCCUCGCCUUCCUUCCAUAAAUUCGGACCGCCAAAGCUCGUGGUCCACUGCCUGCACCAUCCCCUCUCCAAAAAAACAAAGACCACCCCCCCCCAGACCCUACUACAGCAAACACAGCCCAUCAACGCACAAGGCGCACAAAAGCCAUCUGCUGAGGAAGCCGAGGGCGCCUUUUGCCCCAGUGACGCCGAGAAUCAGAGGCAAAGGUCCCUAUGUUGACUCGUUGAAAAAAAUAUAAAUAUGGCCUUCUACAGUUAUAAAACAGUCUUAGCUAUUGCCCGGACAAGAUUCCCUAACCAUUUUGUCCAGCCUACCAGCUCUUCUUACUCCCCAUCAUUUGCAUUUCUUCACUUACCAGAUUGCCAUUUAAACAAAACCUAUAUGAAGAACUAUGGAAGCAAAAAGUACUCCCAUCCAAGUCAGUUAGGCAAUAAAGUACUUCAUUUACGAGCCAGAAUCUUCCAAGAGCUGCACACUUCAACUUGCUGGUUGCAGGAGGUCCCCAAUAAGCAUCAACAGGAGCAAACAGCAAAGAAGCCUCAGGUGCCAAGCCCUCAGCCCGCAAAAGAAGCAGGCAUGAGGAUUAAGGAAGGAAAGCGAUCUUAUAGACAAAUAAUUAUGGAUGAACUGAAAUAUUAUUACAAUGGAUUCUAUUUGCUUUGGAUUGACACCAAAGUUGCUGCCAGGAUGGUUUGGAGGCUGUUGCAUGGACAGGUGCUGACCAGGCGAGAGAGAAGAAGGCUGCUGAGAACCUGUGCUGAUUUCUUCCGCCUGGUUCCAUUCAUGGUGUUCAUCAUCGUCCCCUUCAUGGAAUUCUUAUUGCCAGUGUUUCUGAAACUUUUCCCAGAGAUGUUGCCAUCAACUUUUGAAAGUGAAUCCAAAAAGGAAGAAAAACAGAGAAAGAAAAUGGCUGCAAAGUUGGAACUAGCGAAAUUCCUUCAAGAAACGAUUACAGAAAUGGCAAAGAGGAACAGGGCCCAGCUGGGGGACGCCUCAACCCAGUUCUCCUCCUACGUCAAACAGGUCCAGACAGGCCACAAGCCCAGCACCAAGGAGAUAGUUCAAUUUUCCAAACUCUUUGAGGAUCAGCUGACCCUGGAGCACCUCGACCGACCUCAGCUGGUGGCCCUUUGCAAACUGCUGGAACUGCAGUCCUUUGGAACCAACAAUCUGCUUCGCUUCCAGCUACUGAUGAGGCUGAAGUCUAUAAAAGCAGAUGAUGAGGUAAUUGCCAAGGAAGGGGUGAAUGCUCUGAGUGUGUCGGAGCUCCAAGCUGCCUGCAGGGCCCGAGGGAUGCUGUCACUGGGCCUCACUGAGGGGCAGCUGAGACAGCAGCUCACAGAGUGGCAGGACCUCCACCUGAAGGAGAAUGUCCCACCUUCUCUGUUGCUCCUGUCCCGGACCUUCUACCUGAUAGACGUGAAGCCGAAGCCGAUUGAGAUACCACUCAGUGGGGAGGCUCCAAAGACAGAUAUUCCCCUGGGAUCAUCCACUCCCCCUGAAUCUAAAGAGAGCAUGGCCGGUUUAGCAUCUCAACUGAAGGGAACUAAGGGUGAAGAAUGGGUACAGCUGCCGUCAGUUACAUCAUCACCCACAACACCAUCAAAGUCUGUUUCACUACCUAAAGAAUCCAUCACUUCUGCUAAAGAUGUAAAUUUCUAUAAAAGGAAACUCUUUUCCUCAAGUUACUUUUAGGGGCAGUGAGAAUCUAGAAUUAUAAUUGUUGCAAAAUACCACACCCUCUCUCUGUGUCAUCCAAACAGGAAGCUGUAGGCUGAACUUCAGUCAUCUUAUAACCACUACAUUUUAAAAAAAAUUCAGUGAUCCAAAAGCAAAUAUAUAUAUCAACAAAUGCAAUCGUGGUUCAGAACUAAACAUGUUAAGUCUAGAAGCUAAUUACAAUAUAGGCAGAUUCUUACUUUCUGUUGCACCAGAUGGAAAUAGUUCCCAUAUGUUGUGUAUUUCACACAGGCUUCAGAUGUCAGGAAAUACUAGCAGGAAAGCAAUUUAAGAAUCUUAGGAGAAGUGCAUGUAAAUGAGAAAUUACUUAUCUAGCCACUUUUCCCCUUUGGGGGUGAGACCAGAAAGCAGGAGGCAGUGAACAGUAGGGGGUCACAGGAGAGUUGAGCUGUGGAGAGGUUCUGCUGGCUCUCGAGGACCAAAGAGGGAGCCACUGAGCACCCAGAUUGUUUAACCCAAGGCCUUGUCUGCAUGUCUUCUUUCUCACUAUGACCAGUCCCUAAAGUCCUUAUUUUUUUGUACCCCAAUACUCCAGGCAAAAUCAGAGAAGACAACCCAGAACAGCAAGGCUAGUUCAAAUGGAGCAUAAGGACUCAUGGAGGAUGGAGCUUACUCUCUCUGGCUUGGGGCCCUCAGCAGUGGCAUCCGUAAAGGACGUCCCUGAGAUAGAAGAUCGGUCAUUUAGUCCUCAGGGCAGUCUUUUGAGGCCUUGUAACCGUUCAGAUGACGUCAGUGGCAAGACCAAGUUCGGAUCAUUUGGAAAACUAUUUAAUUGCAAAGUCCAUGUUCUCCGCAGCAUUAGAUCAUCCCACUGGACUUUGUGUAAGGCCCAUCUGCCAUAUUGUCUUUUAGCAACUUCAUGUCCUUUUAAGAGAGGAAACUUUUUUGCUCAAUGGAAUCAGCCUGAUGCCUUAAGAUACCUCUUGUCUCUAGCUUAGUAAGCCGGGUAGGAACUAGGGAAAUUUCAAAGCCAGUCAUCACGAGCAUUGCACAGGCACUCCCGCACUCUCACUGCCUGUACAACUUUUUCAGACUGAGCGUGCACACACACACCCACACACCCACACCCACACCCACACACACCCACCAGUAGGAAUAGUGCCCUGGAAACAAAGUACCUUUGGAGACGGGAUGGAUGUAAGUCCCUGGUUAGGUCUUCCUGGAUCUAAAGAAGAAAAAGCUUCUUAGGGAAGAAGAUGGAGUUCAAUAGACUGGCAAUCAGAGACUUGGCGGCCCCCCUCGGGCCCACAGAGGCUGCAGGGAUCUGGGAGGCCGCCAUUCCUCCAGCACAUAUGGCUUCCAUUAGCCUUCAUCUUGCUAGGAAACAUAAUUAAGGGCUUAAGACCGAACCAUUUGUUUGUGCUGGGUGUGUGUUUUUCUGGUCUGUUUGUCUUUCACAAACAAGACUAUCUGUUAGUCACAGGGGUUGUUAAGAGUCUGAUACAAUCCCAGUACUACCUAGGAACAGGUAUUAUGUUCAGAUAUUUAUGUUGGAUAUCUUCAGUGUUGUCCAUACUGAAAAACCUUAAUAAUAAAUCGAUCACCAUGCAGCUGACCACCAGCCUUCUUCCCUUGGGGAGUACUUAGAAAGGAAGAGGUGUUUUAGCUGUAGAAAUUAGAUUUCUGUACUUGCUGUGGAAUUGAAGGCAGUUAGAUGGACAUCCAUGGAACCAAGGAAAAAUCAACCUGUCUGGGGUCAUCUAAAAGAGGAAUGUUAUCAGCAUUUGACAGCAAGGAAAUGCACUUUAAAACCUUCCCUAAACCUCCCCUCUGCUAGAGGACAAGCCUCACCAUGUUCUGUCCUGCUGAGGAACUCCAUGCCAUUGGCCUUGGAAGGUGAUUCACAGUAAAUUUUCCCAUUUUUAAAAUGAUGUGUGUUUAUUUUAAUGAGUUCAUAUUUCAAGGGGUUGCAUGUGAGAAAGGGAUUAGCUCGUUCGUUUGUGCAACCCUGUUGCAGCUGGGUGCCUCGUGGGGGCUGUGGGGCCGCUCUACAACUCUUUCUGGCUUUCCCCAUGAGCAGAGUGGGAAAGGGGCCUUUGGCCACCUCAAACCUCAGCUGGACUUCACCCAUGUUUACUUCAUAAAUAGGCAUCUGAGACCCUCAAUACACCUCUCUUCCCCUUCUUCUGAUAGUAGCUCAGAGAGCUCACUUCACUGGUGGGUCCCAUGAUGGUUAUAGGUGCAGCCCACUGCUGAGACUGAGCUAGUAGUGUUCUGGUAAAUGAUUAACACCCAGUCUGGUGGUUAGAACUCUGUGCUUCCACUCCAGGGAGCUUGGGUUCAAUCCCCGGUUGGAAUCUAAGAUCCCACAUGCUGUGUGGCGUGGUUUCAAAAAAAAAAUUAAUAGCCAACUCUGGGGUGUGGUUGGGAGGGAGCCCUGACUUGUAGUAUUGCAAAGCAGUGAUGUAAAUACUCCCACACAGCUGAUCUUCAAGCUAUCAAUAGGCCACCGAACAACAGUUGGGGAGAGACAGAUAUGGUCAGCUUGAAACACCCCAUUUAACUGACCCCCCGACCUCUGGGAGGAACAAGAGACACUUAAACCUCUAGUUGGUGCAGGCCACAAAUGUCAUCAUUUCCACGCGCCAGGACAGACGUCUGGGAGGCAGUGUAGCGUAAAUGGCCCUAAAUACUGUUAAGUGCCAACCUAGAGAGAACUUGCCCCAGUGCUUGGGUCCCUGCCCACCUGCCUCCCAACAGCUGAGUGGAAGCCUGUCUCCUUGCCCUGCUCUCUGCUCUUCCCCACAAAUGCAUCUUCUGUGGCUGCACCAGCUGCUAAUAAUCUCACCGAGUAUAAUUUUAGGCAUUUUCUAAAGCCCAACCCCGGUGGUGAUGUCAGACUUGGCCCAUCUCACACCCUGAGAAUUCUGCUUCAACAGAAAGGUGUUGGUGGCUUGGCACGUAUGGACCUGCACCUGUGCUGUGACUAAUUCUGUGUUUCAGUCAUUACAGGUCGCAACGGUGAUAUCGAAUAAAUGCUCUAUAGUGUUAAAACCUAAAGAUCUCCUUGUCACCAGCAGUGCACACCAGUAGGUAGGGUCAGACUAACGGAACUUUAACGCUGAUCGACACCUUCCUUUUGCCCAGGGUUCUGGCCCGCUGGCUCCCCCCAGUGGCGGCUGUGAGAAACACAGCGACUUCACUGUCAUGGAGAUAAAUUUCCUUCAGCCAUGAUUCAAUCUUACUUACCUGAGAUCAAUAUAGUACAUUAGCGGUGCUGGGGGACUGGUGACCCCUGGCCUGUGGCAAUUAGAAAGGGCGGGAAGGUGGUAUCGACCGAUGCUCCGGCCCUCAUCUUUUAACCCUCAGGAAACCAGACAGACUCAGUGCCUUGACAGGAUGACAUCUUCAUUAGAUAAACUGGAUCUCUUUCCUCAAGAGACCCAAUCCGGUCAGCUAAGUAAAAUGGCCAUUUCAUUUUCUCUCAGGUCAAUUUCACUAUCUUUGAUUUGACAGCUCAGUCUCUCGGGAAAUUCAUGGGUGAUUAGAGUAGUAACAGCAAGGACAUCACUGUUACAGCAACAGUGAGCUGUGUCCCACUGCCUCUACUGAAGGCACGCAAAGCCCUUUGUGAAAGAGUGACCAUCCAUUCACACGACCCUGGGCCCAAACUAUCAUCAGUAUUUUACAAGGAAAGGCGCCACUACAAGCUGUCCCACAAAUGGUUUUAAAAGCUAAAGUUCAUUUCCUGAUUCUGUUCUUCACUAGUAUAUGCCCUCCUUAAACGUGAACACAUAUCAGAGUAUGUUGAUAGUUGCAUAUUCACAGAGCUACUCAGCAGAAAACAGAACUUUAUAAUGAGCCAACACUAGAAGGGGCCAAGAAA